AAUUUAAUAUUUUUUCUUUUGUCAAUGAUUAGGAUAAUUAGUGUAAAACAGUUAAAAUAUGUUACGCAUUAAUAAACUACAGAAUAAAUUGACUGAGGCCCAGGAAAAAAUAGACGGUUUAGUAAGUGAAAAUCGAAUUUUAAAAAUGAUGGAGAGACGGCAAGAGAACGCACUAUCUAAAUACGAGGGCACACAUGCUCAAUUGCCGCAGGUGAUUAAAUCGUACAGUGAAGAUAUUCGUUCGCUUCAGACUCGAUUGAAGUAUACGAAAAACUCAUACAGAGAAUUGGAGAACAGAAAUCACUUGUUAAGUACUGAGUUAUUAAACGUUCAAAAACAACAUAAACACUUGUUAGAUUUGACCAAGAACAAACAACUUGGUGAAAGGGAGAAAUUGUCGAAUCAGCUCGAAGAAGCAGAGAACAUAAUUAAACAGCAGGAGACCAAGCAUCAGAAUUUAAUAAACAAACUUGAACUUCUAAAUAAGAACCACAGAAAUCAAAUAAAUAUAGAGGUAAGCAAAAGUAAAGCUCUUCAGAUAGAAUUAAACCGUUUAAAGGAUAUAAACGAUCAACUAAUAUCAAAAAUUGAAAAAUUAAAAUACCAAAGUUAUGGCGGCAGACGGAGUUACAUAUUUGGAGUAAACCAACGUAGCAUUGCAUCCCAACUCAGGUCUAAGGUAAUGUCUAAGAACUCAUUAUUAGCUGACGUUGUUGAUCGAAAGCCAUCAUUGGGAAUCCACGGAAAAACGGCAAAACCUGAAUUGGUUCACGACGAGUCCGAGAUUAGCGAUCAUACCAAAGACCUUCAAAAAAAUCUAAUGAGGCAAAUACACGAAGACGUGAUCAAUAAGCCGAACAUGUUGGUAAAUGAUAAAAUGGAAUCGUCUAACUCAAUUGGUGUUUCGUCACAUUUGAAUUCUGGAAUAGCUAAACUGAUGAAGAAAAAAGAUUUAUCUGUCGAAUGCGACGAAAGUAUUGUUGAGCAGCUGGUUGAACCUAAUGUGGCUGACAAUCCUUUUUCUUUGUCCAACGUUUGCGGAAUAAAUUCGACCGUGGAAAAUCAAUCGGUAACAAACCUGCAAAUUGACGAUGAAGAAUUAAUUAAUUCUAAUGAUAAUUACUCGCAAAAAGACAACAAUUCAAGUUCAGAUGAUGAUGACAUGAGCAGUACAUCAUUUGUUAGUGAUACUGAUGAAUAGAUAUAACUACGUUUAAUUUUAGUUUUAUAGGUUUUGAGCAAAAAGAAGAAUGUAUUAUUGUAAUGGUUUU